UAUGUCACGAUCUGUAAUAGAACCGCAAUGCAGUUACAAAAAAGUAGUUGGUGUCAAUGGUCCAUUGAUAAUCCUUGACGGUGUAAAAAAUUUGCAGUAUGCUGAAAUGGUCAGUCUAACAUUGGGAGAUGGGUCGCACAAAAACGGUCAGGUGCUGGAAGUAACGGGAAACAAGGCAGUAGUACAAGUAUUCGAGAGCACAUCUGGUGUGGAUGUAAAAAGAACGAUGGUUUCUUUUACGGGAGAUACUUUUAAGAUAAGUUUGAGUGAUGACAUCCUAGGUAGGGUGUUCAACGGAAGCGGCAAAGUGAUCGACGGCGGUCCAAAGAUUAUUGCCGACGAAUACCUAGACAUACAGGGUCAGCCGAUCAAUCCCCAACUGAGAAUAUAUCCUGAAGAGAUGGUUCAGACGGGUAUAUCGGCGAUUGAUGUGAUGAAUUCGAUUGCGCGUGGUCAGAAAAUUCCUAUUUUUAGCGGAUCGGGUCUUCCACACAACGACGUGGCGGCGCAGAUAUGUCGACAGGCAGGCUUGGUUAAAAAGAAAACGGUGGUUGACUCUUCGGAUGAGAAUUUUGCGAUUGUUUUUGCUGCAAUGGGGGUUAACAUGGAGACAGCUAGAUUUUUCAAGAGUUCGUUCGAGCUUAGCGGGGCACUCGAGCGAACUGCCUUAUUUUUGAACCUUGCCAAUGAUCCAACCAUAGAACGAAUUAUCACGCCUAAAUUGGCACUUACAGCCGCUGAGUAUCUUGCAUAUGAGACAGAAAAGCAUGUAUUGGUUAUUUUGACAGAUAUGAGCUCGUAUGCUGAUGCACUGAGAGAGGUUAGUGCUGCUCGUGAGGAAGUUCCAGGACGAAGGGGAUACCCCGGCUGCAUGUACACGGAUUUAAGUAUGCUGUACGAGCGUGCUGGACGUAUAGAUGGUAAAAAUGGCUCGAUAACGCAAAUUCCUAUUCUUACGAUGCCAAACGAUGAUAUUACGCAUCCUAUUCCCGAUCUGACCGGUUAUAUAACAGAGGGACAAAUUUAUAUUGAUAGACAAAUGCAUAACCGGCAGAUAUAUCCACCGAUAAAUGUACUGCCCAGCCUUUCGCGAUUGAUGAAAAAUGCAAUAGGUGAAGGCAUGACACGAAAUGAUCAUGGUGAUGUUUCCAAUCAAUUGUAUGCCAAGUAUGCCAUUGGUAAGGAUGCACAGGCGAUGAAGGCGGUUGUCGGCGAAGAAUCAUUAAGUGUGGAGGACAAACUAUCUAUCGAGUUUUUGGAGCGUUUUGAGAAGGAAUUUAUAGGACAAAGACAUGAUGAGUGCAGAACGAUUGGCGAAAGCCUGGAUAUAGCAUGGGAACUGCUGAAGAUCUUUCCCAGAGACAUGCUAAACCGCAUACCGGAAAAUAUUUUGAACCAAUAUCACUCUGUAGAGGAGAAAACGGCCGAUAAAGAUGUUAGUUUGGAGGAAUCUUAGGUUGAUCUGCCACAAUAAAGUUUUUUCG